CGGAUGCAGGCAGGGCUGCUGGGUCCUCUUCUAAAGUGCAAGGAUGUAAAAGGGAAAAAAAAAAUCAGAGAACUUGAACCAUAGGGUGAUACCGAGCCUUGUUUAUUUGUAAGACUAAUAGUUGGGUCAUUGAUGACCUCUUUCUUAUUCUUGUACUUUUCCUCGGCAGCAAGAUUUCUGUGGUUCCUCCCACCCCACCGCCGCUGAGUGAAAGCCAGUGCAGUAGCGGCUCUCACAGGUUACAGGAGCUUGGUCAGUUUAAAGGAUUUAAUAAGUCCAUGGAAAAUUUGUUUCUGUCUGUUACCACCCAUAUGAAAAAGCUUUCCAAGUCCCAGAAUGACAUGACCUCUGACAAGCAACCCCUGGCCUCGGCUCGCAGGCAGUGCGUUAGCCAGACGGAGAAACGGAGCCAGUCUGACACUGCGGUCAACCUCACCACCAGGAAGGCAAGCACACCAGAUAUUCUGAAACCUCUCAAUCAAGAGAGUCCCAGACACCUUACUAAUCCUGUUUUGGAGCAAGAGGACCUCUCAUCCAGGCCAACGCCCAGCACUUUAUUUUCAGGAGGCCUGAGACAUGCAAGUCUGCUUAGCAUUAACAGCACUUGCACAGAGACGGGCAAUUUUGACAAGGCCGACGUCACUGGAGAAAUAGAGUUUGCCAUUCGCUAUUGCUUCACAGCCCGUUCCUUAGAAAUACGCAUCCAGGCCUGUAGGAAUCUUGCCUAUGGAGAGGAAAAGAAGAAGAAGUGCAAUCCGUACGUGAAGACCUAUUUGCUGCCCGACAGAUCCUCCCAGGGAAAACGCAAGACCGGAGUCCAAAGGAACACCGUGGACCCAACCUUUCAAGAGACCUUGAAGUACCGGCUGGAGCCUGCCCAGCUGGUGACCCGGCGGCUACAGGUCUCCGUGUGGCACCUGGGCGCGCUCGCUCGGAGGGUGUUUCUGGGAGAGGUGACCAUUUCUCUGGCCACGUGGGACUUCGAAGACCGCUCGACGCAGGGUUUCUGCUGGUAUCCGCUGAGGGCCAAGGCAGAGAAACAUGAAGACAGCAUUCUUCCAAAUAAUGGAGAACUUGUGGUCCGGGCCAAACUGGUCUUCCCUGCAGGGCCCCCAAAGCUCCAAGAGGCCCAAGGAGGGGCAGGAGAUGGGCCAUCCCCCAACGGUCAGCUUUGUCUGGUCGUGCUGGGAGCCAGGAAUUUACCGGUGCGAUCAGAUGGUACCCUAAACUCCUUUGUUAAGGGCUGCCUCACUCUGCCAGACCAACACAAGCUGAAGCUCAAGUCCCCGGUGGUCAAGAAGCAAGCCUGUCCCCAGUGGAAGCACUCCUUCGUGUUCAAUGGCGUGAGUCCACCACAGCUGAGGCGGUCCAGCCUGGAGUUAACCGUCUGGGACCAGGCUGUCUUUGGGGUGAACGACCGCUUGCUGGGGGCAGCCAGGCUCGGUUCUAGGGACGACCCAGCCGGGGGCGUGGACUCGUGCUCGCACUCAGAACUUCAAUGGCAGAAGGUUCUCUCCAGCCCCAACCUGUGGACAGACCUGACACUCGCUCUGCACUGAAGCCCGUGUCCCAGCCCACAGCGGUAGCAACUACGUGCCCCCAUGUGUGUUUAUGUUCAGCAGUUGAGGAUGUUGCAGAAAUGAGUCUCAGGUUGGUUUUGUGCUGUGGAAAUGGCCAGAUUUCAAUAAAUGUUCAACACUCCC